UCCCCUCCAUAUCAUGUGAUUCAUGUGUUCCAAUCCCCUCCCAAUCAUGUGAUUCAGGUGUUCCAAUCCCCUCCAUAUCAUGUGAUUCAGGUGCUCCAAUCCCCUCCAUAUCAUGUGAUUCAGGUGCUCCAAUCCCCUCCAUAUCAUGUGAUUCAGGUGCUCCAAUCCCCUCCAUAUCAUGUGAUUCAAGUGUUCCAAUCCCCUCCAUAUCAUGUGAUUCAGGUGUACCAAUCCCCUCCAUAUCAUGUGAUUCAGGUGUUCCAAUCCCCUCCAUGGACACAGGUGUAUACAAUCCAUCCCCUAGGCAUGCAGUCUGCUUCUACAAAC